CACAGAGAGAGUGAGAAAGUGGAUGGCCUAGAAGGUUGGUCUCACAUGUGCUAAUUGGCUCUCGGCAGAGUUCUCAGCUCUGCUAGGAAGCAGGUAGAGGGACGCUGUCCGACUUUGGGGGGGGACAACUUGUGGAAGCAUGAUAGUGUAGGGUGGCAGCUUACCACACAGACGGUUUUUUUGUUAGUUGGUUUCACGUGUGUCCUGAAGAGUUCCAGGAAAAUGCGCUCAGACUGGUUUCACAGGUAAAAGACUAUUUUGAUACUACUUUCCUGAAUAUAUACGUUAUCAUUUUCUUUUGUGGAGCAACAGUAACUGCGCAUGUUCUUCCUUUACUUUUCUUUUUCUUUACCAAGACUCCUACUGGCUGCGGUUAUAGUUUACCACCACCACCAGGCCUCAGCCUCAGGUACAGGACAGUACGGUACGUACAUUUUCCACCGCUGUGCCACACACGACACGGCGUCGAAGGAACGCGUCACAACAGGUCUGACUGCGUGCGUCGCUAGCGCAAAAGCAAGCAUAAAAUAUCCUCCAUUUGUUCGUUUGUCUCGUUUAGAGUGCGAAGGGCCGCGGUGCGACGAAACGACGCAAAACGCCGAGUCCCGCAAGCACUUCGAGAGGAUGAACGCGCUCGCUGACGAGCGGAAACUGCGAGAGGCGGGACCCGUCAUUCCCUUCGUGGGUCUCACGGAAAGUUCCAAGCAGAGUCGGACCUGCUGUCAGAACGGAGGCACAUGUAUUCUGGGCAGCUUUUGCGCUUGUCCCAAGCACUUCACCGGCAGGAACUGUGAAUAUGACCUGCGGGUCAAGUACUGUGGCGAGGUUCCCCAUGGCCAGUGGGUAAAGAAAGGCUGCUCGUACUGCAGAUGUGGCUAUGGGUCUCUUCACUGCUUUCACAAUGUCUUUCAUAACUGUGAUGAGUCCCAGGAAGUGCAGUGGUUCAGAUCAAGUGGAUCCAGAGUGCAGCUGAAAUGCCUGUUGUGUCUAGCACCUUUGCUAGUGUUAACUUACCUGUGGUGACUGUUAGUCAUGUAAUACCUGUAAAGCAUUUACCUAUUUGAAGAUUAAAAAAAAUGUUACCCUUUUUAGAGCUCCCCCCCCCCCCCCCAAGGUGCCAAAUCUGCUUUUAUUCUGCACCCUAAUUUUUGCUUCCUCCUUUUGUAUAGAGCAGUAUUUUUAAACUCCUGGAAGCUGUAAAUAGUAUUUUCAUUAAAUGAAAAUAUGGAGUACAUUAUUUGUGUGUAUUUAGGUGAGGUUGCAGUGUCAUGUGCACAGAUUUGUCUACCACAUAAUUACUGAAUCACAAUAGAUUGCAUUUUGGAUUUUUACUGAUGUACAUUUUGAUAUGUGGUCACUUUCCAUGGGGGAAUUUUAAUUAUUAAAAUGUUGCCAGUAUGCUGGGGUUUUUCAUUCUGGUUUCAAUGGCAAAUGCUACAUUUGUGCCUUUUUCUGUUUAAUGCUUUUGUCUAGUGCAAUAAACAAUACUAUACAAAUUUUUUCUGCUAGGACAUGUAGAGUACACUGGGCUGUUAAUGAUAUAUUGUCAGUUCAAGCAUUUCUUUGCUAUCUGGGGAGGGCUAUUGAUAAAGCAGGAAUGACACUUGAUUGGUGGGGCACUUAUGUUUUGGCUAAGUGACCCUUAGACUGUUUUCCUUUCCAAGUCUUAUCUCAGAUGCUGUUUUACUAAUGUCCAGACAAAGGUUGCUCAAACUUAAUUACAACUGUUUACACUGAAGUUUAAGUGAUUUAAACUAUGUAUGGGGGCAAAAAUUUGGAUUACUGUCUUGGUAUUUAAUUAUAGAAAAAAUGGCAGGU